AUGAAUAAUGAAUCGGAUCCAUCGCCACCAGACUACCAUCAAAUUCCAUUCUCUAACAUGCCAGUGAUUGAUACAGAAGUCACUCAAAUAGAUCCAAAAGAUAUGUCAUUGCCUAGAAAAACUGCAGCUGAACGUGUGGCUGAGCAAUUUGCUGCAAUAAACAUGAGAGCAGCAACAGCAGUUGCUAUCAAUCCUUCGAAUAUUGAAAUUGCACAAGAUCUUCGUGACCGUCUCAAUCAUCAACUUUGUCUGCGAAGUGCUGUUAGUGCAUGCCUAAUAUCAUGUUUUAGUUAUUGUGGGAGAAUGCGACCAUCGAUUGUUGCUGCAGGAUUUAUUCGCUAUGCAAUACGAAUCGAGGGUGAAGAAUGGUUACGCUUUGUUAAUUAUUUCUUUAGCAGCACCGGACGACCGAGCCGUGCUCGUGGAUGGUGGUUUUGUUGGGGACAUUAUGGUUUGCAUUAUAAACAUUCGAUACAACGUGGCUAUGGUUAUAUUAUUCUAGGUUCACUUGGAUCGCACACAUGUUUCUUCACUCUUGAUUUACCUGAAUAUUCAACGACUGAUAUCAUGUACGAACGUUUGAACUAUGCCAUUACAAAUUGUACAAGUAUCGAUGGUGAUGGUAUAAUGAAUGAUGUCAUUAAUCCAGCAGACUUCAUUAAUAGUCCAGAUGCUGUUGAACGAUUGCCAGCAGUUCUAACAACACUUAUCGAACGAGAUAUCCUAUAA